UUUUUCAUAACGAUUUGCGAAAGUCAUAUUCGUAUAGAGUUCGCGGAGCUCCUGAUGGAGACGGGAGAAUCGGGAACUGCGAUAUUAGAAGUAAAGCCAGAAAGUAAGCGCUUUGCGCAUGUCCGCCAUAUGGAGUAUAGACAGGAUAUGUGUCCCUAUUAGGGGGGGAGGUGUUCGUUAUCGUAUAUAUACAUUUUGUCAUGUGUGACGUCACCCGCGUACGAGCGACCGAAGCGCCGCCUAACCCCCGCAUCGUCAUCGGACAAUAUCGAGGGCGCGCAUUUACUCAAGAAAAAAUAUAAACAAAAAGGGCCAAAAUUCUUACCUCCUGGUGUCUUCGCAGCAAUAAAACAACAGCGUUUCUCGGAACAAGUAUGCAAGAGAUAAAUAAGCCGCGUGCAUGUUUCGCCGAAUCGCCGUGAAUGGAUACCUACAGCGCCGCCGCCGCCGACCGACAUAAUAACGUGUUUUGUGUGCCACACCGCUGCUGCCGCCGCCGCCGCCGCCUGCACCGCAUCACUCUGUAAUAUCCCCUAAUAAAAUCCCGAGCUGCUUAUCCCGACGACGAGAUGUUGUGAUCAAUCGUAAGAAUAAAACGGGCCUACCUGCAUUUCUAUCGACUUCUGCCGCAGAAGUAGAGACGCCGCUUGUUUGCGUCGUCAAGGAGAGUAUAAUUUAUUGUAGAAACGAAGGCGGAGGACGAUACGUAUAGGUAACCGCACAGCAGAGAGCUGGACGCGAUGGAGGGUAACGGCGAGCAGGGGAUCGCCGUCCAGGAAAACCCCGUUGGCGCCGAGCAACAACAACAACAACAGCAGCAGCAGCAGCAACAGCAGCAACAGCAGCAGCAGCAGCAGCAACCACCACCUGAGCAUGGACUCGAUCACGAUGUCGGCAUGGAGGAGGCCGAUGAGUACUACUACGAGGGCGACGAUUAUCGGCACUUUGCACCCAGAGGCAGAGGUGGAUUUAGGGGAAGAGGAGGCGGUCGUGGAGGCUUUGAUUAUUCUCCAAGAGGUGGACCACCUAGGUUCAGAGGUAGAGGAGGCUUUGGACCUAGAGGUGGACCCAUGUACAGAGGAGGAAACAAUGGAUAUCCUUACGAAGGGCCACCGCCACCUCGUCCACCACCAAACUGCCCUCCAGGAGGACCGCCUGGAUCAAGGUUUCGAGGCCCACCGCCGCCGUUCGACCCCAGCUGGGGACCCAUGGGACCUCCACCUAACAUGAUGGGACCUCCAAACAUGAUGGGUCAUCCCCAAGGAGGAAUGCCUCCGCCACACAUGAUGAACGGGCCUAUGGGCAGCGGAGGGGGUCCUGGACCUUAUGGUCCACCUGGAUCAGGAAUGGGACCUCCCAACAUGAACAACAUUCCAGGUCAACAGCAAGCGCAACAUCAGCAAAUGCAGCAGCAGAACAACAUUCCAGGACUUGACCUCAAUGGAGAGGUAUGGGUGGAAACCAAAACUGGGGACGGAAAGUUCUACUAUUACAAUAUACGAUCUCGAGAAACUACAUGGACCAAGCCCGAAGGACCAAACGUCAAAGUGAUGGUGCAAGAUCAGUUGGAGCAAUUGGUACAUGGUGCAGCAAAGCAACCUGCGGGUGGAGCAGUGGCUGCCAACCCAGCCAAUGCAGCUAUGGGUCAACAACCACAGCAGCAGCAACCACAGCAACAGCAAUCACCACAACAGCAGCAAUCACCUCAACCACAACAACAACAACAACCUCAGUCCCAAUUACAGCAACCUCAACAGCAACAAUCUCCGCAACAGCAGCAAUCACCACAACAGCAGCAGCCACAGCCACAACAACAAGGGAGUAGUACCCCUGGUGCUGAGGUAAGGAUGCAGCAGCAAGGUAGCGAGACACCCAAUACUGCCCCUAGCGCUUCAGCCAAUGCUAAUGAGGCAGACGCAAGUCAAGUAAGUACAGCUCCUCCAGGUACCACUGCUGCUACUGGUGCUGCACCUGGGGCUGCUGAACCUAUGGAUUCAACAGUAUCGUCGUCUGAUGCAGCAGCGCAGCAGAUGGGACAGGCUCAACAGACAAAUGGGACAAGUGUCGCUGUAGCAUCUGUCGCACCUACUGCGCCGAUUGUCAAUUCAGCACCGAUAAAUGCUAGUCCCACGAUGAUGCAGCCUCCACCUAUGAUGUCUAUGCAGCACAGAAUGCCAGCGCAAUACGGUGGUGGCAUGCCUGCUCCUUUCGGAACUCCCGGGGGAGCACCAUUCGGUAUGCCACCUCCAAGCUUUCAACCUUUUGGCGCAGGUUACGGACCACCUCAAGCUGCUUGGGGUAUGCCUCAGAUGCCGCAUCCUAUGCAGCAAAUGGCACCAACUUCUGCAAUGCCGAACGAAGAUCCUACUAUCUUAGCUCAGCUAGACCCCGAAAUCGUAGCAAAUGCAAUGGUGUGGACAGAACAUCGAGCUCCAGAUGGGCGAUCUUACUAUUACAACAGUAAAGCAGGAGAAUCCGUUUGGGAAAAACCUCAAGCUUUAAAAGAUCUCGAAGCUGCAAAAGCUGCUCUAAUGAGACAAAAAGCCGACGAAGCAGCUAUGGCAGCUUCGCAAGUGUCUACUUCCACAUCAGCAAGUUCUGCAACCAAUACCACAACAACAAGCACUGGCGAUAGCGCAACGACGCCUACAAAAGCUGGCGUUGAAACCAAAGUGUCUAGCACAAGUGAAAAUAAUGGUUCAGCUACCGCAGAAAGUGCAGAUGCGAAAGUUAAGAAGGAAGAAGCCAAGGAAGCAGCUAAGCCGCAAGAUAAGUCUAGGCCAGUAUCCAGUACUCCAGUUCCUGGCACACCUUGGUGCGUUGUAUGGACCGGUGAUGGACGAGUAUUCUUCUACAAUCCAUCUUCGAGAAUAUCAGUCUGGGAACGGCCCGAUGAUUUAAUAGGAAGAUUAGAUGUUGACAAAAUGGUAGCUGGUCCACCAGAUGCAACUGCUACCGCUAAUGCUACGGUAAAAAGUGAAACGCGUCGAGCUGAUGAUACGAGUGACAGUAGUGGCGAUGAGGAUCGACCGAGUUCAUCCAAGAAAAUUAAGCUUGAAGAAACAAAGGUAAAUUCUAUUAAACUAGAAGAAGAAGAAAAAGAAAGCAAAAAGACAAUAGAUAUUGGCAAGGAAGCCGCUAUUGAAGCCGAAGUCAGAGCAGCUAGAGAAAGAGCCAUUGUACCUUUAGAUAGUAGGAUUAAAUCAUUCAAGGAGAUGCUUACAGAAAAAGAUGUCUCGGCAUUUAGCACGUGGGAGAAAGAAUUGCAUAAAAUUGUAUUCGAUCCUCGCUAUCUGCUGUUAACGUCUAAGGAAAGGAAGCAAGUAUUUGAAAAAUACGUGAAAGAACGCGCUGAAGAAGAGCGUAGAGAGAAACGCAAUAAGAUGAAGGAGAGGAAGGAGCAAUUUCAAAAAUUACUCGAAGAAGCCAAUCUUCACGGAAAAUCUUCGUUUAGCGAUUUCGCUCAAAAGCAUGGUCGUGAUGAACGGUUCAAAAAUGUGGAAAAAAUGCGAGAACGAGAGAGUCUGUUCAAUGAAUAUUUGCUGGAGGUCCGGAAGCGGGAGAAAGAAGAAAAAGCUGCUAAACGAGAACAGGUGAAAAAGGAUUUCCUGACGAUGCUUCGUGAACACAAGGACAUCGAUCGACACUCUCACUGGAGCGAUUGCAAGAAGCGGCUUGAGUCCGACUGGCGUUAUAGGAACGUUGACUCGGCGGGUACGCGGGAGGACUGGUUCCGCGAUUACGUUCGAGCUUUGAAGGACGAGCGUAGGAAGGAGAAGGAAAAAGAGAAGGAGCGCGAGCGCGAGGCCAAGGAGGAGAGGCAUCGUGAGAAGGAGCACCACAAGAAGGACAAGGACAGGGACAAGGAGAAGAAAGACAGAAAGGAGGAGAGAAGCAGCAAGAAGGACAAAAAGGACAAGGACAGGGAAAAGAAUAGGGACAAGAAGGACAAGGACAAGGACAAGGAUAAAGACAAAGAGAGAAAUAAGGACAAAGACAGGGAUAAGGAUAAGAAUAAGGACAAGGACAAGGACAAGGAUAAGGACAAGGACAAGGACAAGGACAAGGACAAGGACAAGGACAAGGACAAGGAUAAGGAUAAGGAUAAGGAUAAGGAUAAGGAUAAGGAUAAGGAUAAGGAUAAGGAUAAGGAUAGAGAUAAGGAUAAGGAUAAGGAUAGGAGCAAGGAGGUCCAUGUGGACAGAGACAGGGAUGACGAUGCUCCACCGAAGAAGAAGCGCAGGAGCGAUGAGAAUCACGAGUCGGACAAGGACAAUAAAGAAGACAAACCAGAGAAAGAGUGCGGGGAAAUCGACGACUCCGAGGACAAUAAUCACAAGGACUCAUUUAGCAAAGAUAACGAUAAUGACAGCGAUCAGCCUGAUGACGAAGACGACGACAAAUCUGACUCAGCUGCUGCGGCUGCAGCCGAGGAAGAUCGCGAGAAGCAAAAGAGGGAACGGGAAAGAAGAGCUGAAGCCAGUCUUCGAGAACGUGAGCGGGAAGUGCAAAGAACACUCGCCACACAUCUGCGUGACCGAGACAAGGAGAGGCAGCAUCAUCGACACACCGAAGCGGUGCAACAUUUCAAUGCUCUCCUUGCAGACUUGGUGAGAAAUGGCGAUCUUGCUUGGCGCGAGGCCAAGAGGCAGUUACGGAAAGACCAUCGAUGGGAAUUGGUGGACUCUUUAGAUAGGGAAGAAAAGGAGAAGUUAUUCAACGAACACGUAGAACAAUUAGGACGUAAGAAACGGGAUAAAUUUAGGGAACUUUUGAACGAAGUUGGUGCUUCCACAGAUCUGACGGCCUCAUGGAAGGAUGUUAAAAAGCUGUUAAAGGAUGAUCCUCGGUAUCUUAAGUUUUCGUCUAGCGAUAGGAAAUGCGAGAAGGAGUUCAAAGAAUAUAUUAAGGACAAAUUGGUGGCAGCAAAAGCAGACUUCAGAGAACUACUUCAAGAAACAAAGUUAAUUACGGAUAAAACGUUUAAAAAAGUUCAAGAUAACAGUGCACAUCUAACGGAAAUCGAAGAUAUAUUAAAGAAGGAUAAGCGGUUUUUGGUACUAGAGGCUGCGGCGUCUGAAAGAACGCGAUUGCUAAUGGGUUACUUAGAAGAACUGGCUCGUAGGGGUCCUCCCCCGCCCCCAACUGCGUCUGAGCCAUCACGUAGACCAACCGUGAAUUAAGGACCGGUUAGAUAUGUUUUCUACGAAGCAAAGUGAGCGAUUUUUUUAGCGUCAAAAGCCUCAGGCUUGUGGAAGAACACGUGUUGCCUCACGCGAUCGUCGCUGUUAUUAUAUAUAGUCAACAACAAAUAAUGCAACCAAAUAUAAAAAUACUGUAUAUAAGUACAAGUUUAAACAGAAACAAAACAUUUAAAUUGAAAAUGCGAGUGAGAGAAACUUCAAGUGUAUUUUUAAUUAAAAUUUGGACCGUAUUCUCAUUUACUUCAGGAGUUUAAAUAUUAUUAUUUAACGUCGAGUCUUCAACAUGAUGUUACUGAUGUUUACAUUAGACUUGUUCAAUAGUGUCAUCGACUUUUUAUAAUUCAACUGACCUACACCAAUAGCGAGUAAUAAAAUAGAUUUGUUAUUUUCUUGUUUAUCUUAAGCAACAGUAAUAAAAGAAACAUAUGAUAAA